AUCACUCUUCCCUUUUCUGUAAUGAAUCAAACAACAUGAUUGUAUGUUAUCACAACUGUGAUGACGGUUAUUGGUUCGAUCAGGAUGUCAAGCCUGAUUAUUGGUGUGGAAAUAAAACAUUCCAUUUGUGGGAUUUUCAAACGGAGGAAAAUCCUUAUGCACGACUCCCAUCUUGCUCAGAAAUUCAAGAGUCGUUGAUGAUUUAUGUGAACUAUACUUCUUUUUACGACCUAUGGGAAUGCGAAAGUGAAACAGAAAUGACAAUAGCAUCAAAAAUAAGCAAUGGAUAUAAAGAACUAUCAUGGUAUAUCUCAUCAUCUUGCCUUAUGACAAACUAUGAGAUUCAUAAUUGUAAUGAAAACGAACAGCGUACCAGGCGUGAUAUCAGCAAUGUGAACAUUGGAUUUACGGUAACCCUUACCUGCAAUACCACAAAACAUGACACACGGACCUGUUAUUACGGGCUUGCAGAUGCAGUGGUGGAAAUGAGGUCUCUAGAAAACAAUGGUCAAUCAUUUAACAUUCUCAUUGGGUAACGAUACCUACCAAAUAACACAGAAUCAAUCGACCUCAGACAGUUGGUUAAAGUGUCCAUCUGGUUCUAUUGCUAAUGUGGCGUUUUGUGUUCCUUGUAGUAUUGGUCAUUAUCUAUCAAAUGAAGAAUGUUUACCGUGUCAAGUCGGUACAUACCAGCUAUUGACGGGCCAGACAUUUUGUUUUGUAUGUCCAACUGGAACAACUACUGAAGGAAUUAGCUCUGUUUCUAUAGAUGAUUGUAACAAAUCAAUUGCAACUGAUGAUACAGGCACUGUUUUUACAAUAUUAGGAUUGGCUAUCAGUAUAGUGGUUUUAUUUACCAUUAUCAUGUUUAUGGUAGUUUUAAUUAUCAUUUGCAGACGGAAGUGUUUUAAAACACAGCUUAACGUGACAAACAAUUCUGCUGAGACGGUUUCUUUAGAGAGAGUUCAAAGUUCGUUAUCUUAGAACAGUGAAUUUAUUACAGAUGAAAGUAUGCUAUAUAUAAGACCACCUGUGUACUCUAUACCUCCACUUGAUUAUGGUCAAUGUCAUAAUUCAAGACCUUGUAGCAGGCAAAACGAAUGCUGAAAUUAGUAGUUACGGAGACAUAGUUGGAUACUAGUAACUAUAUAUUACGAACAGCUUUACAUUUUCAAGUGAAUAGCGCAAGAUGUUAUAUUUAUGAAAAUAUUUGUGCGAUUUGCUGUUAAAUUCAUUUGCUUCGCAUACUAUUUGUAUAUAUUGAUGGAAUCAUUUCACUCAUUUUCCCCUUGCCUCUGAUAAAGAGUCAUUAUCGUAAUUUGAUGAAAGUUUAACGACAAAAUUAUUUUAUGUCUACCUGUGCGAAUUUCAAACGCGCGAUUUUACACCAGAACUUAAAACCUUCCAUCCUUUAUGGGUGGAUUUUACAUAGAUAAAUAAACUCGUAUAAUAAAAAAGCAUAAUGAGGAUGUUAAAUUUGAUGUAUGCCUUUUUGUGCUUCUUUGUUACAUUUGUUUGUUUUUAUAUAGAUUAAGAUGAUAACACAAUGUUGACUGCUGUACCCCUAUUUUGACAUUUUUACCUAUUGUGUUUGUUUGUUUUGUUCACGCAUCGUUGUCAAUAUAAUGGAAUUUGAUGCGACUGUCAUACAAGUGAGAGGUUUAGCUAGCUAUAAAACCAGGUUCAAUCCACCUUUUCCUACAUAAGAAAAUACCUGUACCAAGUCAGGAAUAUGACAGUUGUUAUCCAUUCGUUUGAUGUGGUUGAGCUUUUGAUUUUGCCAUUUGAUUCGGGACUUUCCUUUUUGAAUUUUCCUCGGAGUUCAGUUUUUUUGUGAUUUUACUUUUUAAUAGACUUUGAAUGUUUCAAAUAAACUCAUCAUAUAUACCAGAAUUACAAUUUUGUACGCCAGACGCGCGUUUCGUCUACAAAGGACUCAUCAGUGACGCUCGAAUAAAAAAAGCAUAACCUUUAUAUAGAGAAGAUUGUUUCAAACUUUUUAAAAAAGAUCCAUAUAAACGUUAUGUUAUUAAGACCCAAGCAUAGCAGUUGAAUACAAUUAUAAGAAAACAUUGCAUAUUUUCGGAUAUUUUGCAUUGAAAAACAUCUGGAAACAAAGGAAUUAUACAAGUAUUUACAGCGUAUUUGAAAGACAACAGUUUUACUUUUUAAAAAAAUCUUGUUUUGAUUUGGAAUGUCUUUUCUUUUCAACCUUAAUAAUAUACUCAAUCAUUUGUGAAAAUCCUUCAAAAUUUCAAUUUGAAAACAUCUUUCAUUUGGUUUAUAGUUUACAAAACUAAGAUAUUUUGACGCAAAAACAUUAAGUAGGCAUAUGAAACUGUGAUUCUGUGAAUUAAAGAAAAUGUUUUACAAAA